CUGAAGAAGCAUAGAUCUUAGGUCGACCUUCCAUUGGUUCAAAAGAUGAGAUGGAUCAAGGCAAUAGAUAGUUUUAGGCAUCUUUACGCUCAUUCUAUAGGCUUUAACGCCAAAUCCAACCUCUCCACAACAAAGCGUGCAUUUUUCUGUAGGCCAAUCGUAAACGCAACUGCCGUCAACCCCACGUUCACUAAUUUCCGACCAGAAGUGGAGGGGAACAUAGAGCACAGGAUAAUCAAAGCCAAUGGCAUAAACAUGCACGUUGCCGAGAAAGGGAAAGGCCCAGUGAUUCUUUUCCUCCACGGGUUCCCAGAGCUUUGGUAUUCGUGGCGUCAUCAAAUCAAUGCUUUCGCCUCGCUCGGGUACAGAGCUCUGGCCCCUGACCUGCGUGGGUAUGGGGAAACCGAUGCACCCGAUGAUGCCAAGAGCUACACGUAUCUGAACGUGGUGGGGGAUCUCAUUGCUCUGUUGGAUGUCGUUUCCGGCGACCAGGACAAGGUCUUUGUUGUCGGGCAUGACUGGGGUGCGCUCAUCGCUUGGUGGUUGUGCCUGUUUAGACCAGACAGGGUUAAGGCUUUGGUUAACAUGAGUGUCAUGUUCCAUCCUAGGAACCCAGAUGGGAAACCUCUUGAAACUCUCAGAGCUGUCUUUGGUGAAGAUUACUACGUCUGCAGAUUUCAGGAGCCUGGAGUGAUAGAGGCUGAGUUCAAGGAGAUAGGAUAUGAGAGAAUUCUAAAGGGAUUCUUGGCAUACCGUACACCGGGUCCUCUUGUUAUACCAAAGGGAAAAUAUUUUGGACAACCAGACACUCCAAUAAGUUUGCCCUCAUGGUUAUCCGAGGAAGAUUUGAAAUAUUACACUAGCCAAUACGAGAAGAAAGGCUUCACCGGAGGAUUAAACUAUUACCGAGCUAUAAACUCAAACUGGGAACUUACGGCACCAUGGACUGGGAGCCAAGUAAAAGUGCCGGUUAAGUUCAUCGUCGGCGACGAGGAUCUGACCUAUAAUGCUCCGGGCGCCAAGGACUAUAUACACAAAGGAGGUUUCAAGAGAUAUGUUCCAUUUUUGGAGGAAGUGGUGGUUAUGGAAGGUGCAGCACACUUUGUUCACGAAGAAAAACCUGAUGAGGUCAAUAAACAUAUACAUGACUUCUUGAACAAGUUCUAAUUCGCUGUUUGAGAUGUUGAAAAUGGA